UUCUCCCCUCACGAAAAACUUGAGAGUGUAAUAGAUACAUAGCUAAAACAACAUUCCUCUUACAUAUAGUAUACAUACAUAGUAUCUGAUAAUUUUGGACCUGUGGUUGCUAGGCUCAAGAAAUGGGCAAUUUGAAGUGUUUAGCAAUUCUUGCUCUCCUUGUUGCAACUUCGGCUGUGAGUGAAAGCCGGGUUGCGAGAAAAGACUUGGGCCUGGAUCUUGGAGGGUUAGGGGUAGGGCUGGGUGGUGGAGUGGGUAUAGGGCUGGGUGGUGGUGGAUCAGGCUCCGGUGCUGGAGCGGGUUCGGGUUCGGGUUCUAGGUCUGGGUCUAGUUCAAGUUCAAGCUCAUCUUCUUCUUCAUCAAGUUCUAGUUCCGGGUCGGGUGGUGGUUCUGGUGCUGGGUCAGAAGCUGGUUCAUAUGCUGGUUCUAGGGCUGGCUCCGGUUCAAGAAACGGUCGGGGUUAAAGAGCAUGGAGGACAUGGUUUGUUGAAAGAAGAAUAAAUGAGAACUGCAUAUGGUAGUGUGACUGUUUGCGCUCGUACGAAUGGAUUGUACUCUCUUUGUACCUUAUCUACUGUCUGAAAUGUUUUAUUUAAGAAUGUUGGUUGAAAAUCAUCGUGGUGUUUUGUGUUUUGUUGCUCCUUUUUCGUCUUUAUUUUUGUACCGUUUUUCUUUCUCUAUCAAUUAUUUCGUACUUUGACGU